GCGACGUGGCAUCAGACGUAGAAUCGACUGCGUAGAAGGUUCCAGCAGCUCAGGAAGCUUAAAUAGUCGAGCGUCGUUAAGGAAAUCUCUCUCUCAGUUCUUUUUCUCAGUCUGUAUUUAACUGUGUUUAUCUUCCUUCUUCGUGAGUCUCUGAAUCUGUUCUUGUGUCAAUUGAAUUCCCAUCGAUUUGUUGUAGCUGGAAGUGAUAUCGACUGAUACUCAGCAUUCCCGAUAAGCUUGAGUUCGUUCAGAUCAUUCGCGGAAAAUGGCAUCACGAGCGGUUCAAAACUCCAAAAUUCUUAUCCUUGUCCCAGCUAUUCUGUUCUUUCUUUACUACUUUUUAGGUUGGUCUGGCUCUGUUGUGCGGAGGAACCAAAGGUCUUCUGAUCUCAUUGCACAACUUCAGGCAUUACUCAAGGAUUAUAAUGAAGCUGAGUUUUUACCCGGUCGAUGUGACACUGCAGCCAUUGCCGCUCUGAUUCGGCAGCUAGCUAAGGAGAUUAGGGAGCUGACCUUAUCCAAUCCUGCAGUCACCUUCAACUGCAAUUGUUCCUGUAAUGGGAGUUAUGCAUCUUACCUAUUGCCAGCCGCUGCAUUAGUAGCUAUGGGAUUUUGUUACAUGUGGUGUAAGGGAUGGUCAUUUUCUGAUGUAAUAUCUGUGACAAAGCAAUUGGAGAGUGUACCUGAAAAAAUAGAUUCAACUAGAGGGCAUCUAACAGAGAAGCUAGAAGUUUUGAGCCUGAAAGUUGAGGAGCAAAUUGAGUUAAACCAGCUUAAUGCUAAUGAUGUGAAUGAAAUGAAGUUAAACCUUUCACAAAUUCAGCUUGAAGCCACCAAUGAAAAGAUUUCCAGGAUGGACGAAAAGCUCAAGCUUGCUGAAAGCAAACAGGAUAAGACUAACGAAGCUGUCUGGCGUCUGUGCCAAAGUACUGUUGAAUCUUAUGAGGAGCGAGACAGAAAAAUCUCAGAGGGAGUCAGCGCAGAACAGGGGGAAUCAUCAACUUUGGGCUUGCAGAUGAUUGGGAAAGAAGGCACCAGUUCGAAAACAGUCAUACAAGGACCGUAUCAGAUUAAAGCUCCUCAGGAUGGGGACGCCGUUGAAUGGGUGUGAUUAAAGGAUAAAUAUCCGCAAUUGAUUUUUCAAAAGAAUUUUCAAUUUUGGGAACGUAGGUAAAUUAUACAAGAAUUUAAUUCUACAGG